CGAUCCGUCGGCGAAUCGGCUGCGUAUUAUCCGACGAUGGAUUCUGCAUCGCCAGGAGCAUCCGAGCCGUCGGUCUCGCCCCGUCUGACGGAAUCUGUUGGACUUCCUCCUUUCCAACUCUGUCAGUGGACAAUCACGCAGAGGCACAUCGUCUUGCUUAAUGUCGUCGCUUGCGCUACAGCAGUUUCAGCAACAUGGCUCUUCUUUGCUGCAAUUCCUGCUAUUCUGGCAUUCAAGAAAGCGGCUGACUCGCUAACAAAGCUGAUGGAUGUAACCAGGGAAGAGCUACCCGAUACAAUGGCAGCCAUCCGUUUGUCGGGAAUGGAGAUCAGUGACUUGACAAUGGAGCUCAGUGAUUUAGGUCAAGACAUCACUCAAAGUGUCAGAAAUUCAACUCGAGCUGUUCGCUUAGCCGAAGAGAGAUUGCAGAGAUUAACAAAUAUGGGUCCAGCUUCCAUGCAGGAGGAGAUGUACCAAAACAAGACGCAGAAAAUGGAACCCGAAAUAGCUAGAGCUGCGAGGAACUUAAGGGAGAGGCUCGUGAAAGGGCGUUCCCUCUGGCAACUGAUGUUCACUCUCACUCGGUUUUCAAAGAUUGCUUUCGGCUAUCUCACGAAAACGCGCUGAUUAAGGCCAUAGAACCUGAAAUCCUACGUGAGCGAUUCUGUCAUUUUAGACAUUCUUCAUUAGGGUUAGGCAGAACGGGUUUUUCUAGCUUCCAAGUCUUGUUCUUCCUGUGGAUCAAUGUUCAUGUGACGUCAUGAUGAUGAUUUUGAUGAUAUCACUGGAGAUUUUCUCUUUAGAUACA